AGUUCGUACUCGGCUUCAACCUCCCAUGACCAUAAGCAACCUAUUAUGUGCUUAUUUUCCUACGUUCUCCAGCCGUACCGUGUGCUCUAUGCCGUGGAGUCAUAGUUGUUCCAAGCGUCAUAUAAAAACCCAAGUAUUUUUGAAGAAUACCUCCAACGCAACUCACGGUCACCGAGAUGCAAUUCACUCUCAAACCCCUUGCUAUCCUCGCCACCACUAUUGGUAUGGCCAAAGCCAUCUGUCCUGGCUUCAACUACGGCAUUGCCGACCUUGGAGGAGGACCUCCGGGCUCUUGGAGGGUUUAUGACGAUUCUUGCAACCCGGUCCUAACUGUCAUUACCGACAACCCAUGCACGCAGGGCUCCUUCAGCUGUAGCCCUCCCCCCAUCACAUUCACCGGGCUGCAUCUUAACGGGCAGAACUAUGCCUGCCGUGGUGAUCCCAAUUCGGGCUCCUGCAGUGGACAUGGUAUCCAAGUCUGCUGUCGCAACGAUGGGAACUAAAACCAGCUCUCUAAUGUAUAUGUACCGUAUAUAACAAUUUGACAAGAAGUCUACACAGUAGGUGAUUACAAACACCUUUUCGAAUAUAAAUCAUGAUCGCAGCUGGGGAAG